CCCCCUGAGGUUACUUCAGGUCAACAGUGAUAUUUCCGGACAUGCGCAGCAGAGCCGGCUACCAGCCAACAUGGCGGCGGUCCGGGGGCGAAGUCUGCGGUCCGUCAAGAGACGAGCUCGCCACGAAAGCGGUGAAGAGAGCGUUAUCGUGGACUUUACGCGCGCUGCCUCCAAAAACUUGCGGGAAAUCCUAGCGAACAUCUGUCGUCCUGCGGGGAUCUCUGAUGGGCGCAAACUGGGACAUCUCAACAACUUCCCUAAGCUUCUGUGUCACUAUGGCCAAGAUGUGGACUGGGGCCUCACUAGUGAAGAAAUCAUCAAAUGCGUGCGAGUCGCCCUCCUCAGCGAAAGAAAAGAAAUCCGAGCAGCGGGCCUGCGAGUCUUCAGAUACUUCCUUAAAGAUGCAGCAACCAUGGAACUUCUGCUGCGGCUCAAGGUGGACUUCCUUAUCGCCAGAUGUUUAGACAUCGCCCAGAGUAAUGACGGAGAGAGAGUCCAGGCUCUCAGACUCAUCAGAAAGAUGGUGUACGUGAGUCCGUCGUUAUUUCCCUGCUCGCUGGUCAACACGCUGGUCGCCGUCGGCAACGAGGGAUCGCAGGAGAGAGACCGUCUUCUCCGUGCUAGUCUGUGUGUGCUGUGUGAGCUGGCGAUCCACAACCCGCUGGUGGUGUCUCGCUGCGGAGGUGUCGGCACGAUCCUGAACCACAUCCUGGACUGUCACCUGGCGCGCAUCAACGAGUCGCUCAUGGCAACUGUGCUGCACCUCAUCAACCAACCACAGACGAGAUGUUACGUACGCGCCAUCGAACUGCAGCAAAUGUUGGCCCCCUUCACAGACUUCCACUACAGACACAACGCAGACACGCCAGACAGCCAUAUCAAUGAUGCCAGAGAAACAACACUAUUGUCUAGCAAGAUGGCCAUCGCGACAAUCUUUCGAUCAUGGCCAGGUGUGGUGGUUUUAUGCAAACCAGAUGGCAGCGGAGUAGAGUCUCUUCUGGGGGUGCUGUGUAUCCCCAACAACGAAGUUAGAAAAGGAAUUAUGGACAUCUUGUUCGACAUCUUCAGAUUACCCAUCCCCAGCUGGACUGAAGACUUCACCGUUGCACUGAAGAGUUCAGACCCUUCAACAUUCCAAGACACGUGGCAACUUUCUCAAGGGUUUGUUGUGGAGGAGGCAAAGUCUAUCCUACCUAGCAGAAUGUCUUCAAGAACCAACCUAAUAGAGAACUACCUGGGUCUGGUGUUGUCAGCCUUCCUUAACGCUGGGCUCCUGGAGAGUCUGGUGGAAGUGAUCCGAUCCAGCGACAACCACAACUCUGUAAGAGCGACUGUUCUGCUGGGAGAGCUGCUGCAUAUGGCCAACCGACUCCUUCCACACGAGUGUGGCCAACAUUCCCACUGCCUGCCCUCGCUGGUCAACCUGGCUGCUUCCUUCGAUGUGUCAGCACAGGAGAGACAACGAGCGAGUACAGCGGUGAUGUGUCUGAACCGCCUACAUGAGCUGAAAAAGCGUGGCCCGGUUCCCCACAGUCUGUACCUGGACCAGCUGAUGCGCCACGGCCACCGCCUGCCGGCUCACAGCAGCUCCCGCAUGGCGCAGGUCAGCCGCGAGAAACUGGCACAGUAUCUCAACAAGGACACAGACGAGACCCUUCAGCAGGCGAUGAAGGACACUCAGGUGCUGAUCACCAAGGAGAACCUCAGCUGGGACUGGGACCUCAUCGCCGUGGUGCUCAAGUUGUCGGUUGGAGGACCAAGAUGGCUGGACGAUGCUGCAAAUGCCAGGUUUGUGAGAAGACUGGUGUUUUUCUACCGACCCAAGAACCUCCUGUACUCCGGCCUGAAGCUGGACUCCAGCCUGGUGGAGCCCAGAAAACUCACCAUCGUCGGCUGCCAGCUCAUGGAGUUCCUACUGGACUGUCAGGAGGAAGGUCACAGGUUUGUGGAGGAGGUGAUCCGGGAGGUGGUGGAGUGUCUGUGUGAGGUGUAUGAUGGGAAGGAUGACGGGCUGUUCAGCGACCAGAGUCUCCAGACGAGUGUCUGUCAGGACUUCUUCCUCCUGAUUGGUCGAUUGUCUCGGCUGCAGGCUGGCGAGAAAGUGCUGGAAGCAUCCGGAGUCUACCAAUGUUUCAUGUCGAUCUGUGGGUUGAAGGGCUGUGAUCUCCUGAGGAAGCUGAUCAUCGCCUGUCUGGACUACAGCAAGGACGGGCUGGCCAGAGUUGUGCUGUCCAAGGCUCUCACAGCACCAGCAGAGUCGAGUCGUUUGUACGCCACAAGUUUCCUGCGUGUCCUUCUGCGGGCUCGCGUUCCGUUCUUCAACCAAUGGGGAGUGGAGUUCCUGGUCACGCAGCUGUACGACAAGAGCAAGGUCGUCGCCAUGGAAGCCAUCGACAUUCUGGACGAGGCCUGCGAAGAAGAGGCAAACCUGCAUGCUUUAGUGGACAUGAGACCAUCUCUGCUGCACCUGGGAGACAAGGGGGCCAUGCUGCUCAUCAGAUUUCUGUCCAUCAGUAAAGGGUUCACGUUCCUGUCAGAAGUGAACUACACGGCCAACGUGCUGGACAAGUGGUACAAGUCCUUCAACAAGAAGUACGUGCAUCUGGUGGAGGAUGAGCUGAAUGAAGCUCUGACAAACUACCAGAAACCAAAGGACGGGAGCAACUUCAACCGGAGGAACAUGCACCACAGACCACUGCUGAUGAUGAAGAACGAUGUAUACGUACCUGUUCACCUGUACGGGGAGCUGGUGCAGCACAAGGCAGGUGCACAGCUGGUGGAGAAACAGGACCAUGUCUCAGAAUUCUGCCAAAGAAUCCGCUACCACGACUUGAGCUCUCCCGAACAGGUGCUGGAGCUCAAGGCUGCCCUCUGGUGUCUGGGUCACAUCGGGACAUCGCCCUGGGGUCAGAGCCUGCUGGAUCAGGAACAGAUUAUCCCAGAGAUCAUCCGACUGGCCGAGGACUGUCCUGUCCUGUCUGUCAGGGGGACCUGUCUGUACGUGCUGGGUCUGGUGGCGAAGACGCGGCAAGGCUGCGACAUCCUCCGCGAACACGGCUGGGAGUCCGUACGCCACGGCCGCGACGACCCCUGGCCCGUUGUUGACAACCGCGAUCACGUCUUCGACGACACGAACUCCGAAAUCCCGUCCUCGGCGAGUGAUCUGAGCGGGAGAGACAUAUUCGAUCAGGGGUCGAUGGGCGACCUGAACGUCGAUUCCGGACCACAGAGUCUCUUUUAUGUCGAAAAUGGUACUAAAUAUGGUCAGAGUCCAACAAGUACAUUCUUCCUAGACAUUAACGAAAAAGGAGAGCACGCGCUGGCAAGAAUAAGCGAGCUCGACGCUUCAAACGCCAAGAGUAAGACAUUACCGAGGGGAGAUUCACGGGACAAAGACUCGCCGAAGUUCGCCACGGGUCUCAAGAGAGUGAAGACAAUGCCGGUGUUCAAGAGGAGUGGGAUAUCUCCCGAGAGGAAGCUGCGAAGUAACAGCGACAUCAAGUUGCAAUAUUUCCCCAGCUUCCGACGGGAGGAGAGGAUACGAAGCCCGAGUCCUGGCGCGUAUUACGCCGGCUCGCUGGACCGAAAGCCGAGGAAGAGCGAAGAAGAGGAAGCUGACGACAUGCGGAGUAGCAGAAACAGUAUAAGUGACAGUAAGCUGCACAGUAAGCCGAGAAGCACGAGUUUCAAGCACAGGAGCGACAGCGACGAGAGUACGGGAAGCGCGAGAGCGGGCGGAAAGAGUCGCAGCGAAAGCUUCAACACGGACACCACGACAAGCGGUGUGAGUUCAAUGGGGUCAAGUCCGCACGCUGAGACAUGUAGCUUAAGCACGAUAUCAAGUAGUCAAACUGGUAGAACAAGUAGCCAACCGAUUGAAGUCACACCACAGAAGUCAGCAACGUUACCGCGCGCCAUGACGUCACAAAACCUGCCGCCGUCGCCCAAUCCUGGCGCUCGAAGGAGCAUGCUGAGUCCGCCCGGAGCGGAGCUCGGCGUGAGCUACACAAGCACGCGAGACGCAGCGGGCUACGCGACCCUGAGGUCGCUGAAGAGACACCGGUCGCUCUCGCGGGGGAUGGAGUAUGCGGAGAGUUUGAACUUGACCAUCCGACCGGACCGGAGCAGCAUGGACUCUUACUUCCCUGCCUUCAAACCCGGCAGGUUGUUCCGAGAGAGCAGUUACACGUCGCUGGAUGGUUCGGACAGCGUUCUGUACGAGAGUCUGGCCUCUCCGCUGCGCCCUGUCGGCCUCUCCGCCGUGUACACCAAAGGCGUCACGCCCGGGAACUUCAUCGGGCUUACACUGCCCAUCCACCCCGAGAUGAUCUUCAGGGUUGACGAAGACUCCUACAAGGGUCCUGCCAGCCCUCCCCCUCCCACACAGGACAGCGCCCGGUCGUACUUCUUGGACCUUCACGACGCGUCCCGUUUGGCCGAUGGCGGCCCCUCGGCGCUCGGCGACCACUCACCGCCGCCCCUCGUCACCAAACUCCCGCUAACGGCGUCCGGGUUCGAGAACCAUGAGAGGGAACGCUGCAUGGCGUGUAUGAUCAAACCUCCAGAGGAGGAAAAAAUACAGACAGAAAGUACAGUGGAACUUGAGGACGAUAACGGAGACGCCGGCCUGUUGGUUCCGCCACGCAGCCGAUCGAGCAGCCGCACCAAACCGGACAGCGAGGGUGCCACGCCCAACAGUGUCAGCAGUUAUACCAGCACGGACUCGGGAUCAGGCAACCGAAGGCUGUCUGUGGACACCCCCGCGGGAAAAGCAAUGGUACGGGCCGAGAUCAUGAAACUCAUCAUCAACCUCAGCAGCUCCGUGGCAACCAAAGCCCAGGAAACCGGGUUGCUAAGUCUAAAGGAGAAGCUGCCCAAUGCAUUUGAGGACACCUGCCUGUACUGUGAGGUGGCACACCUGUUGUCGGAGUACACCUUCCGACUACCUGCCCGUCGAUUCAUCCAGGAACUCUUCCAGGACACGACCUUUUCUGAGGUUUACGAGGAAGCCCGUGAGCUCCUAGGCAUGACAACAGACACGGCUGUUCACGAGACAGUACGGAGAGAGACGGAGGCGUGAUUGCAGGACACUUCCUACAUCUGAAAGGCAAUAUCUUACUCCUUAGGGUUACACUAAUUUCUUGGUUCUUAGACUUUUAAGAUUAGAAAUUAAACAAAAAGUCAACAUAUUAAGAACUGUUUGCUGGGAGGAAAACUUAAAUGUUGAUGAAGGUUAGACAUCCAGGUAAUAAGACAGGCCAACUGAUAUUUACUCAUGACUGGAUAUGAUUUUGGAAACGGUCAGAUGUUUCGGAGUUCAUUUCAUAGUUAUUGGUUAUAAACCCACUUUUCAACAGAUUGCAGUCAAUGUCACUGAUGAAAGAUAUAGUGGAUGCUAUCUGAAAUGUAUGACCAUUUCUAAAAUCAUAUCCUGUUGCUUGGGUAAGUAUUAUUUUGCAUCUUUUAAAGCUGACUUUCAGUCUCUGAAAUUUAAGACUAAAUAAUGAGUUCAGCUUUAUUUCUCAAAUCCUGACCUCCAACAAAUUGAAUUGGUGUGGCCUACAUCACACACACACAAGGAAUGAAAAAGUGUCUAAAACUUCAACAGAACCAGUGGAUGGCCAAAGCUCAUGAGUAGUUUUCAACAUUUGUGGCUGUUUGUGUUCCAUGCUGGCUUGAAUCAGACCCAGAUUGCUUCAAUGAGGAUGUCCAAACUUCAUUUCAUGAAUGAAAGCGAAACAUGCAUUCAUUUAUUCAUUCUGAACACUACAGAUUGAAUAUGAGAGUCUCUUCCCAAAAAAGGUUUGCUAGUCUACUUAUUAAUUAGUGUUUUCCAUGACCAUGACAAAAAAAACUAUCUUAGACUCUUUGAAAUGAAAUAUGGGAGUCAGAGAAAAUGAUACACUGAUACACUGGCAAAAAAGAAACAGUCACUUCUGCAUACAGAUAUGAUAACUCUGACAUUAAGUAACUUCUCACGAUGAAAAUAACUAGGUAUGUGUUCUACUGUAAGUUCCUGAAUGCUGCUGGUUUUAGGACCAGAAUGCUGUGCGUUUGGACCAAGCAGACGUGUGGAGAAUGAAGUUCACUCUCAAAGCUGUUAGAAUCAAGCAAGGUUGAAAGAAUCCAAUCAGAAAUUUUGUUGUAAGCAUCUUUCUAUUACAAGUACAGUGGUUUGAGUAACAUAAAAAUUGUUCUACUCUGACAAAGUUUGAAGUGUAGAUGGUUAUGUUCCAAUUAUGUAGUAAAAGCCUAUUGCCAAACUUAUCUCCAAGUUGGUAAUCAUCUUCAGAAACAAGAUUUCACUGCUUAUUGAAAAUGUUAAAUGCUGACCAUAAGAUAAUGUCAAUGAAAUCCAAAUGAUCUUGAGAAUAAAUUAAUGCCUAAUAGAUUGUAAACACAAACUAGAAAAGUGUGACAUGCAUAUGGUUAGAUAAGAGAAACGAUCUUUGUUGAUCUUUGAACAAACAUGAUCUGUGCAGACAUGAGUGCAUCUAUUGGACACCCUAGCUUUACCAAUAAUGGCUUUAAUGCUAGUUCACCUUUAUUCGCAGGGUAACCUUUAUCCGUUGUAUUUAACACCAAGGUAUUUCAGGAUAUCAAGUCGACUGACGGUGGUCUCAAACUGCAUUAUAUUGAAAAAAAGGAAUUCGAAACCACCGUUCAUCUACGUGAUAUCCCUAAGUAUCUUGUUUUUAGGUACAACGGAUAUAGGUUACCCCGCAAAUAAAGGUGAACUAGCGUUACAUAACAUGGCAUUGUAAGAUUUACUAAGGACAACAGAAUUGCAUGUUUUAUGUUUCAAAAAGGAAGGAAAGUUUAGCACUAAUGUCAUAGGUUUUUGUUACGCAAUCAUGUGAUUUCAAAGAUACAAUUAUAUACUAAGGCAUCCUAUGUGGCAUAUUUUGGGGUGAAAACGACUGAAAUUCAUCCUUGCGGAGAGGAAGGUAACUUGAUCCUGACCUAUGAUGUUGUAUGAUUUGAUGCUGCUUAUAUUCUGUACAACUUUGUCAACUUGGGUGGAAAUUAGUACUAAUCGAGUGGAAACUUGUACCAACGAUGCAAUGGUUUAACCCAUCCACCCCUACUGUCAAGUAAGCUAUUCCAAAGCCAGAUAGAGACCAAAUGUGAAUUAGUGAAGAGAAGACGUCACAAAGACUGUUCCAUUUUAAUUUUUUGUAGUAAAUCCAUAAUGUUUGUGGUUUCAUAAUAUUGUUUUCACUUAUUUUCACAUAAUCAGUAAACUGCCUUGAGGCGUAACACAACAUUUCUACACUUUGCUAAGUACUAGCUGUGUAAAAUCAGACUGUAAAGUUUGAUCCACUCACACAGAGGUUGACCCCUACUCUUUUCGAUAAGCUUGUUGGGUUAUUUACUGGUGUGGUAAGUUUUACUGUAGAUAAUUUGUUUUGUAGUAAAACUUCUGACUUUCCUACUACACUGUUUGAAUAGCGACCACCACUGUACAUACACAUUAUUGCCUUUCUUAAAUUAUUUAUUGUCUGUUGAUACUAGUUAAAACAAUGUAUGAUUGUGAAAUGUCCUUUUUGUACAGCUAUUUUGCUUUGCUUUUUUGUCUGCAGAUGGAGAUGUUAAAAAUGCGUUGUUGAGUCUAUGAAGUGUAGCUUGUAAACAUGUGAUUUGAAAGUUAUGUUUUUGGCGUAAUUUAUUCACAAAUUGUCAGGUCUUGAGGACCAGGCAAUUCAGAGUGAUCUGUAUGAAUUUCUUCAUGUAUUUUUGUGAAGACAAUGAUCAUAUUGCCAUUCGUUUUGAUGUUUUACUUGUAUAUGCAAUAUCGUUCAAUCGUUACAAUACAUGUAGUUUACUUUUGUUCACCAAUGACAAAAGGUGAAGAAACAGUUACUGUAGUAGAUCAGAGAAUGACUUUAAGAAUCUGUAAACUUCUGUCUUAAAGAUUUGUUGUGGCUUUCAACGAAGAAGGAAGUUUGUUAGACCACAGUUGUGAAGUAACGGCUUUAUGGAACUUGUUUAAAAAGAGAAUAAAGUGUAUUAUACCUGAAAAGGAA